GGCUAUGGGAAGCUUCAACAACAGUUUGGGAGGAGGCUUCAUUUUGGUGGGCUUCUCAGACUGGCCUCAACUAGAAAUCAUCUUCUUUAUUUAUAUUUUGAUUUUCUACUCCUUCACUCUCUUUGGCAACACUGCCAUCAUUGCCCUCUCCCGAAUGGACCCUCAAUUACACACUCCCAUGUACUUCUUCCUCUCCCAUCUCUCCUUCCUGGACCUCUGCUACACCACCAGCACUGUGCCCCAGCUCCUGAUCAACCUUCUUGGACUUGACAGGACCAUCAGCUAUAGUGGGUGUGUGGCCCAGCUAUUCAUAUUUCUCGCUCUGGGCUCCACAGAGAGUUUGCUCCUGGUGGUGAUGGCUUUUGACCGCUAUGCUGCUGUGUGUCGUCCCCUGCACUACACAACCACCAUGCACCCCCUUCUCUGCCAAGCAUUGGCUAUUGUCUCCUGGAUGGGAGGCCUCAUGAACUCUCUGAUCCAGACAAGCCUCAUGAUGACCAUGCCUCUCUGUGGCCGUCGACUGAAUCACUUCUUCUGUGAGAUGCCUGUGUUCCUCAAGUUGGCCUGUGAAGACACAGAAGGAACAGAGGCCAAGAUGUUUGUGGCCAGAGUGGUGAUUGUUGCAGUUCCAGCUGUGCUCAUCCUGGGCUCCUAUGCACAGAUUGCCAGGGCAGUGCUGAAGGUCAAGUCAAGAGCUGGGCGCAGAAAAGCCUUUGGAACUUGUGGGUCCCACCUCCUGGUAGUUUCUCUGUUUUAUGGCUCAGCCACCUACACAUACUUACAGCCCAAGGACAGCUAUUCUGAGAGCAAGGGGAAGUUUGUUGCCCUUUUUUAUACUAUCAUCACCCCCAUGCUCAACCCUCUGAUUUAUACCCUGAGGAACAAGGAUGUGAAGGGGGCUCUGUGGAGGGUACUGGGGAGAGGCACAGCCACAGGGUAGGAAAGAACAGGUGAGCAGCAAAAGGCUUUAU